UCCCCGCCCGGCCGGCCUCCCGCGGCGACGCGCGCUCGGCCCCGGGCUCGCUCCGAGCCGGCCGAGCCAUGGGCUGCGACGGCCGCGUGUCGGGGCUGCUGCGCCGCAACCUGCAGCCCACCCUCACCUACUGGAGCGCCUUCUUCAGCUUCGGCCUGUGCCUCGCCUUCCUGGGGCCCACGCUGCUGGACCUGCGCUGCCAGACGCACAGCUCGCUGCCCCAGAUCUCCUGGGUCUUCUUCUCCCAGCAGCUCUGCCUCCUGCUUGGCAGCGCCCUCGGAGGCGUCUUCAAGAGGACCCUGGCCCAGUCCCUAUGGGCUCUCUUCACCUCCACUCUGGUCAUCUCGCUGGUGUUUGCCGUCAUCCCCCUCUGCCGCGAUGUCAAGGUGCUGGCCUUGGUCAUGGCGCUGGCUGGCCUCGCCAUGGGCUGCAUCGACACCGUGGCCAACAUGCAGCUGGUGCGGAUGUACCAGAAGGACUCGGCCGUCUUCCUCCAGGUGCUGCAUUUCUUCGUGGGCUUUGGCGCUCUGCUGAGCCCCCUCAUCGCUGACCCCUUCCUGUCUGAAGCCAGCUGCCUGCCCGCCAACAUCACGGUCAAUGCCACCUCCAGAAGCCACCUGUUCCAUGCUGCCAGAGUCCUGGGCCAGCACCACGCUGGGGUCCAGCCGCGGCCCAACCAUACACUCCCAGGGCUGCCCCUGAAGGAUGGGGCCGGCACCCGUGUGUCCUAUGCCUUCUGGAUCAUGGCCCUCAUCAAUCUGCCAGUGCCCAUGGCUGUGCUGUUCCUGCUGUCCAAGGAGCGGCUGCUGACCUGCUGCCCCCAGAGGACGCCGCUGCUACUGAGUGCAGACGAGCUGGCCCUGGAGACGCAGCCCCCCGAGAAGGAAGACGCCUCCUCCCUGCCCCGCAAGAACCAGCCACACCCAGGGCAUGAGAGCCUGUUCAGCUGCUGCCAGCGCAAGAAUUGCAGAGGAGCCCCAUACUCCUUCUUCGCCAUCCACAUCACGGCCGCCCUGGUCCUGUUCAUGACGGAUGGGAUGACGGGGGAGUAUUCUGCCUUUGUGUACAGCUACGCCGUGGAGAAGCCGCUGUCCGUAGGACACAAGGUGGCCGGCUACCUCCCCAGUCUCUUCUGGGGUUUCAUUACCCUAGGCCGGCUCAUCUCCAUCCCGGUCUCCUCGAGAGUGAAGCCCGCCACCAUGGUGUUCAUCAAUGUGGUCGGCGUGCUGGUGACAUUCCUGUUCCUGCUGAUCUGCUCCUACGACGUCCUCUUCCUGUUCCUGGGGACGGCCAGCCUGGGCCUGUUCCUCAGUAGCACCUUCCCCAGUAUGUUGGCCUACACCGAGGACAUCCUCCAGUACACGGGCUGUGCCACCACCGUGCUGGUGACGGGGGCAGGAAUCGGCGAGAUGGCCCUGCAGAUGCUGGUGGGAUCGAUAUUCCAGGCCCAGGGCAGCUACAGCUUCCUGGUGUGCGGCGUGAUCUUUGGCUGCCUGGCUUUCACCUUCUACAUCUUGCUGCUGUUUUUCCACAGGAUACACCCUGCACUCUCAUCAGAUGAGACCCGAGACAAACCCCUGGACAUGGAGAGCGCCGAGUGUUACCAGAGGUAAACCACGCCAUGGGGGUGACGAGGAGUGCCCCCCGCCUCGGGCGCCCGCCACCCCCAGACGAUUGGAGAGCUGAGGGUUGCAGCGGAGGCAACCUUUUGAUGCCUUUGUUCCUAUCUCCAGAAGCAAUUCUGCUGAGGCCUGGCACCUGGGUCCUCCCCAGGCGAAUCAUUAGACACUGACCCGGCUUUUCACGUUCCCUGCCCCCCAACCUGGUUCAGACCCUGCCAAGAACUGUGCAGGAGCUCCGGGAAGGCAGGAGGCAGCCUGUGCUUCCCUUCCUUUUCCACCUCCUGCAUGGACCAUGCCCUGGGUUGGGCUCACUCUUGCUCUGGGAGCAGGGCUCUCUGUCGGUGUUUUCAAGGACUCGAGGCCAACCCCGGAGGGCUCCCUGGCAUGCACAAAGCAUCGUGCAUCGUGUGCUGCUUACCCGGGAACAGCCGAGUCCCUCAUCCCUGCAGCGACACCACUAGUUCUCCUGUACCCUGAGACAGGCAGGCCUGGAAGCCCGAGUCUUGCUCUUUGGGGCACGGACGCAGUGGGAUGCUGGGCUGCCUCACGCCAGCCCCGAGAAGAUGCUUGGUAAAUUUGAGGGCUGGCUAAAUGCAGCCAUUAUUAGAAUUACACGGGCUUUCUAUUAAAAGCAAAGGUAAUAAAUACUCAGAACUCAGUCCGUCACCGUGUUAGGGAGGCUGUCGAGGUGACGGGUGUCCAGGGUAUCGGGAGGGGGAUAGGGUUACUGUGUCACGCCAGCUUCUGGGCUGCUUGUGCCCCCUCUGCUCUCAGUGACAGCACGUCUGUGUCUUGAGGUCAGCCAUGGUGAGAGCAUUUACACUGCACAAACCGGCAAGAGCUAAAAUCAUGGCCUUGUUAGACACUCUCCGGCCUGCCACCGCUAACGGGCAACGCUAAUGGGUCCACAGUCUCUGGGGAUAAUGAGAUGCAUGUUCUCUUUUCUUUGCUGAAUUGACAAGCAUAUAAAAGGACUAAGAAAUAGCACAAAGAAUUUCCCCAAAACGCGUAAGUUUAAUUCUACGUCUUCUGUACAGAAAAGCUUACUCCACACCAAGGUCUUCCCUUUAACAAAAAGCCGAGGCUGCCGAGCGACGCCGCGUGCAGUUUGAGGGUCCUGUGGUGACACAGGUGGGACUGCAGACCUGCUGGCUCGGGCGGGACUGGGAGGCUGUGAGAGCCGCAGUCUCCCGGCUGCUCACGCAGACACAGACGCACACGCAGGAGCAUCCAGGUGAGGUGGAUCCGGCUUCUUGGUAACCUGUCCCAAGUGCCGUGGGCCACAUGCCUGGGCCUGUAGGUGAACCAUCCAGUUAGCCGACUCUGACCGCCGGCAUCCUAACUGCGUGACGAGGAGCUGGCUGGAGACCCGGUCCAAGCCUUGGCCUCACCUUCCGGCUGUGUGGCCCUGGGCGCACUUCUGAGGCUCUAACCCUGGCUUUUUUCACCAGUUUCGUGGCAUUUCUAAAAGUACUUACUUACCCUACCUCAGAGGAAUUUUCAAAGAACUAAAUUAAUUUGUAUAAAGGAAUUACUAUAAGCCUGACACAGAGAUUGCUUAGUAAAUGUUAGCAAUUUCUAUUUUUAAAACUUCCUUCUAAGCAGUUUGGAAACUGUUCAUAUGCUUGGUAUCUAUUUAUUGUAAGUUCAACAGAUCCAGCUUCUUUGGAAAGCUGGUGGUCCAGGGCUAUAGUUUCAACUCUGUAAAUACUUCUAAGUUAGCGGCCAGCCAAAUUUGAAUGUGCAGUCUAACUAUGGAGAUGAGGGAUGGGGCAAAGAGAAAGCAGUUGUAUUUUUUCUUGUGGUUUUUCAGGAAAAUAUCUUUUUAUACAGAUUUAGAAAGAAUCAAUGGUUAUAACUAAGUUGAUUGUGAUUAAUUUGUUACUGCAGAAAACAGGAUUAAACAAAUCUAAGCCUAUCUUUCCUAAAAUAAAAGUAUUUUAAACUUAAUAAAUGUGUUCUCCAUCGUGAAGGACCACUGAUUCUACUUCAGAAGCUCAGAACCAAGGGCCUGGUGUUUCUGGCGACAGGCGCCUCUCCUGCAGGUUCAAGGGGCUGCUGUUCUAGACAAAACAAACUCAGGCAGGAGUGCCGGGAGCCACUGUGGCUUCUUAGAACCAGCCAGAGAACCAAGCACAGCCGCUUAGCCCACACUUCAGAAUCAGCUCGGGCAGGCAGGGCUGGGAUCCACACUUCCUUUUGGGGUCUGGCAUCCAGGGGCCUGGAGUUCCCCCGUUCCCAGGUUUCCCUCUGCGGCCUGGAUGUGGGACUCACACCCCGGGCACCCCUCCAGGGGUAGGGAAGUGCCUCUUCUGAGGACCUGCCUCUCUGUUCUGCUCCCCUCCAGAAACAGUUGUCUCUGAUGUGACUCUCACCUACUAAUGCCACGUCCCAGCCCAGUUCCGAAAAGGCCUCGUUUUGUUUGCUAAAUGAAUUAAAGCCUCCGGUUUCUUAUCUCAAAAACUGUACAAACGGUGCCUGGAACAGAAGCAAGCUGAAGCUGCUCCUCCUCAAGGGCUACAGUAAAAGCAUCUGGUGACGUUUUUAAAACCCUUUUAAGAUGUUAAUUUUUAAAAAUAAAAGAUUUCCGUGGUGAAUGCUGUUUUCAGCUGGUCGGUCAGUCGUUUCUCUCCCCGCUCCCUUUCUAUCACAGUCACUUUACCAUCUCCCUCUGCCACCUGUGACAGUGGCGGGGUCACUACACGUGUACACAGUGCUCACGUACACAGCAGAGUUGAGGGCAGGUCUUAGUAACACCCACUGAGAAACUGGAACGCUUUCCUUACUCCAGUUAGCAUGGAUGAAAACAACACCAAGACCACCUCAAGUGGAUGUGAGAAGGAAAAUGAACGAUCGAUUCAGAUAAGCAUUUUGUUAAAAAUAUUUAUUUAAAAAAAUACAAUUGUUGUCCACAUCUAGUUGCACAUAGAUCUAUUAACAUAUCUGUAUAAUUUUGGACUUAUAGUAAACUUGCUACAGUGCUUUCUUAAAGCUAGAUUGCAUUAUACAAAGCAAAUUCCUCUGUCAGUUCUUUCAUAAAAUAGUUUUUAAAAAAAUGUAUCAUCUUUCUUAAAAGAUGUAUAUCACCAUUAUAGAAGUUAACAAAAUGUCUGCAAAAAACCGGGGAAAUGAUGGAAAACCGGACCGCCAGCCCCUGCCUCUGCAAAUGCACCGGGUAUCAACUAUACUUUUGUCUUUUCUUUUUAAAAAUGUUGCUCUAUGUUUAUUUUAAAGCCAGAGAGAGAAACUAAUCUCCCGUCCCCUGGUUCACUCCCCAAAUGCCUGCAACAGCCAGGACGGGGCCAGGCUGAAGCGGGGGGAAGCUGGAAACUCCAUCUAGGUCUCCCACGUGGGUGGCAGGGACCCAAAUGAGCCAUCAAGCAGCCUCCUAGGGUGUGCGUCAGCAGGAAGCUGGAAGAGGAAGCAGAACCGGGACUUGAACCCAGGCACUCAGAUAUAGGAUGCGGGUAUCCCAAGGGUACCUUGACAGCAAUGCCAAACACCCACCCUGUUUUUCCUUUACAAAGCAGGGCAGCACGAAGCUCUCCAAGUGCUAAGGCGUCCUUUUCCUCACCCACCUCAGCCCUGUCGAGUUUCUCAGCCACAAACAGAAUUCAAAACCAGCUGCACUCAUCCCAAGCAAACGUAAAACAACUUCCAUGUGUUGCCCUACAGGUGAGUCAGGCUGCUGAGGGAGAAGACAGGGAGGCAGUCUCUCUCCAGCUGUAUCAACAAUUAAUGAUGCAGCAAGUGUUAACAGUUACCAUUUAAUGGCAUAUUUAGGAAAAAGAAAAGAAGAAAGGUCACCUUUUAAUACUUUGAAGGUCUCCUAACAUGAAGCACAUUAAAUCAAUCAAGACAAGUUACUAGUAACACUGUAACAACUGCUCAUUCGGGUAGGCACGUGCUUGCAAAGCAUACACAGCGACGCGGAAGUUCUGAGAUGCUGAUGUCAGUAAGAUCGACAAGCGGGAAUAAACAGUGAAGCGAGCGUCUUCUCAGCUGGGCUGACUGGCUCGAGGAAAGCACCCCAAGUUCUUCCUGCCACACACCCCAGACGACGCGUGCCCGUGAGGUCGCAUGGCUCCCUGCAGCACACCUGACGGAGACCACUGCAGCAGUCCCUGGGGGACACGUGCUAAAUGGGACUGAGAGCUGACCAUUCGGCACGCACACCCCUGCUAGUCCACGGGCCGCCAGUGCCCCCGCAGUCAAUACCUAAGACCCCCUCACUCCUGUCUCUGAGGAGGACAUGUUGUGCAGAACAUCGAGUAGGGCUAAUGGAAAAUUCUUACUUUAUUCUUCAAAGUGCAAAGCUGCACACUUUUUAAAGCCAAUUUCUCAUUUGGUGAAUAAAGGUCAUAAUUCUAAGAAACUAUUAUUAAUCAGUUUUAUUCACCUCAAACCCAAGCUAACCACUAGGCAAAAUGACUGCACUGAGUUUCGUCUUUAAUCUUCCCUACCCACAAAAAUAAAUGAAGCUGCCACGAGGCGAGAGUGAAGAGAUCGCUAUGACUGCACUUGGCAAAGACCUAGGGCCAAACCCAAUGAAGAGCCCUGGGGUAGUCAAAGGUGAACUGUGUGCUUUGUCUUCACCCGGGAGCAGACGCCACUCCACGGCCGCGGCAGUCCAUGAAGGACGCUACUGUCGCAACCGCGGGACACCUGCUCACUGCUGACACUGCCCCAAAACAAAACGCAGACAUGUCUCAGAAGUCGGACUGCCGCCUACGUAACAGACAAUAAGUAACGGUGAUUAAACAGGAAGAGUCGGAUACUUCACAAAAUUAAGUGUAGUCUAUCAAAUGCAAAUCAUUAUAAAAA